AUGGGUUUGCUAUUAAAACGAAGAAAGUCAAAAUCAUCAAAUUCCAAGAAGAAGAGUAAGAAUUCUAAUCAUCAUCAACAUCAAUCAGAAGAAGGAAUUGAUACAUCUUUUCAAUCAUCUACAUCCAAUUAUACAUCAAGACCAUCUGAGGAUUUAUCAAUUGCAUCAGGUCCAUCUAUAUUAAAUAUGUCACGACCUAAAUCAAAUACAGUUCAUAGAAUAGUUUCACCCACAAAUAAAUCACGAAAAGAAAUUAAUAAUGAUAAUUCUCAAAUUCAAUCUACAACUUUAAAUAAUAAAAUGAGAACACCAAGAAUAAUUGAACCAGAAGCAAAUGGUACUUUAGAUCAAAAUGAUUUUGCAAUUCAUGAAUUUGGUAAUGAUACUGAACAAUCUUUAACUCAAGAUCCUGGUAUAGCUAUAAAUAUAAUGCGACAGUCUAGUAGAGAAACUGCAAAUAAUUUAACAAAAGAUUCUCAAGGACAAUAUUUACAAGCUCCCAAUAAAGAAUAUCAAUCAUCAUCAUCGAAUUCAUCAAUGAAUAAUACUUCUCAAACUACACAAACUACGGUCCCUCCUGAAAAUCCAAAGGAAUCUGGUGGUAUAAUAUCUUCCUUUUUAACAGCUGCAGCAAAUAAAAUGUCUUCAACAGCAAUUCAAUUUGAAGAUAAAGAAAAAAAAAAAGAACAUUCAAUUGCAAGUAAAAUUGAUAGUUUUAUAAAAUCUGUAAAACAUGAAGAAAAUCCAGAUACAUCAAAAACAACAGGUCAAUCAGCUGAUAGUGAAUCCAAUACUCCUAAACAAAUUAGAAAUUCAACAGAAUUAAAAUCACUACAUUCAGCUCAAAAUGUUCAAUUUGAACCAAUAAAAGAGAGUCCUUUAAAUACUUUAGGAAAUGGAGAUCUAACAUUAGAUGAUUUUGAACAUUUUACUACUCAAAAUGCUCAUCCACAACAAAUUAAUCCUACUCCAAUUAACGCACAAACAGUUAUACCAAAUAGUACAGUACCAAAUACUUCAUCUGAUAUUCAAAGGAAUGUAAGUCCAGAUCUGGUGAAUAAAUCUUUACCCCAAGGUAAUCAAUUACAAGCUAUGUCAAACGGUACAGAAGUUAAAAGAGUUCAUAGAUUGUCGAUAAAUGGUCUGGCACCAGAAAGACAAGUUUCGAAUGGAAGAAAUUCAAUAGUAGAUAUACACGCAACAACUUCACUGAAUGGUAAUGCAACUACGGAAGAUACAAAAAAUACAACUCAAUCUAAAACUACGGAAGAAACUGAAGAUACAUCUGGAUCAGAAAAAGAAGAUUUAGAUAAUGUAAUUGAUUAUUCUAAAAAGAUAAAACAUGCAACUGAAAAAAGUAAUGAAGAAUUUCAUAGUACUUUUAAAAAAAUACCGAAAAAAGAUAAAUUAAUAGAAGAAAUAAGUUGUGCAUUAUCAAAAGAUAUUCUAGUUCAAGGUAAAAUGUAUCUUAGUGAUCAUUAUGUUUGUUUUAAUUCAAAUAUUUUAGGAUGGAUUAAAAAAAUUGUUAUUCCAUUAUCAGAAGUUAUUCAAAUUGAAAAAAGAUCAACUGCUGGUUUAUUUCCAAAUGGUAUGGUUAUAAAAACUUUACAUCAAAAAUAUACUUUUGCAAGUAUAAUUGGUAGAGAUUCUGUUUUUUCAUUAAUUACUAAUGUUUGGCAUAGAGUUUUAUUAGAAAAUUCAGAUGUUGAUCCAAAAAAAUUAAGAAAAGCUGCAAGAUCAAGAGCGGCUACUAUGAAUUCUAUGUCAUCUAAUGGUUCGCAAAUUAGUUCUGAAGGUAGUGAAUCAGAUGAUGAUGCUACUGGUGGAUCAGGUGAAGAUGAUGAUAAUUCACUGGGAGAUGAAUCGGAUGAUGAUGAUGAAGAUAAUGAAGAAGAUGGAGAGAAAGGGGCUUCAGGUGGUGGUGGUGCAGGUGGUGGAAGUAGCGGAGGGGAUGGAGAAUUUAAUGGUUUACCAUUACUUGGUCCAGCAACUCAUGCACCAACAGAAACAGGAUAUGAAAAAUCAUCAGAUGAUACAUUUAUAGCAGAAGAAAUAUUAAAAGCUCCACCUGGAGUUAUAUAUUUAUUAUUAUUUGGACAAAAUACAUCAUAUUUUAUAAGAAUUUUAAAAGAACAAAAAAAUUUUGAUAUUGAUGAAUCAGAAAUUCAUGGUAUAAAUAAAGAAAAUAAAGAUAGACAUUAUACUUAUAUAAAACCUUUAGGUGGUAGUAUUGGACCAAAACAAACAAAAUGUAUUAUAGAUGAUCAAGUUAUUGAAUAUAAUCCUGAAAAAUAUUAUGAAGUUGAACAAACAACUCAAACUCCUGAUGUACCAAGUGGUAAUUCAUUUAAAGUUAAAACUAAAAUCUUUUUAAGUUGGGCUGAAAAAAAUCAAACUAAAAUUUAUGUUGUUACAUCAAUUGAAUGGAGUGGGAAAUCUUGGAUAAAAGGAGCAAUUGAAAAAGGUACAAUUGAUGGUCAAAAAGAUAGUAUGAAAGAUAUGAUUGAAACUUUAAAUCAAAUAAUAUCUGAAGGUGGUAGUGGUGGUUCAGGUAAAAAAUCAGGUUCAACAAAUAAAAGAAGAUCAACAAGAAGUAGAAGAAAUACUGAAAAGAAAUCAGAAUCGGAAGUUAAACCAAAAGAAGAAGCACCAAAGAGUAUACCUGAUCAAACAUUAACAUUAAUUAAAUCUAUUGGUGAAUUAAUUCCAAUUCCAAUGAUUGAUAGUACAAUUGUAGGUACUAUAGUUGUAUUGAUUGGAUUUUUCUUGUUGGUUUUUAUAAAUAAUAAAAUUAAUGGAUUUUUCUUCCAUAAAGAAGAUGAUUAUAAAUCAAAAAUUUAUUGUGAUGCAGAAAGAGAUGUUUGGGAAUGGAUAAUAUCAAGAAGUAAUGAAAAACUUUCAAAUUCUUCUUCUUAA